UGGAAGUUUAAUUGCGAAUUCCAAAUCAUCCUCAAAGCCCAAAAUUCAUCUGUAUACAAUCCCCCAAAUCAUCAAACUUGGUUUUUAAUCAUCUUAGUUGAAUUUGGUUUUAGUUUGUCUUCAACGCGUUGUGGUAUGAGUUAUUAGCCCUAGAUUUUAUAACUUUGCUACUGCUUUUAGUUCUUACAUUAGUUCUUACGCCUACUGCUUUUAGUUCUUACAUUAGUUCUUACGCAUUUGGGUAACAUUUAUAAAGGAAAAGAUUUAGUAUUGUAUUCCAAACCAAUUUGAUAAGUGGGGUUUUAGGGAUUUGAAAUUUCUACUACAAAAACUUGUGUACUGCAAGAUUGGUUUAACAUAUCAGCUUUGCAAUAUAUAUUGUCUUUCCAAAUUGUACGCUGAAUUUUCUUUCUUCAAGUUUUGAGUUAAUAAGAUGGCUGGUCAAGGUUCUGGCUGGACAACCAAACAAAAUAAAUUGUUUGAAAAGGCCAUAGCUAUCUAUGACAAAGAUACUCCCGAUAGAUGGGAAAAUGUGGCUGCCAUGGUUGAUGGGAAAGCCCCGGCCGAAGUGAAAAAGCACUAUGAAAUUUUAAUUGAUGAUUUGGAGAGCAUUGAAGCAGGCCACGUGCCUUUCCCCAACUACAGAUCCUCAGGUUCUAAGAAAAAAGAUGGCUCUUAAAAGAAGAAUUCCUGGCCAUUGAGGAGACAAGGAGAGCAGGCAGUUCAUGGGCCUUAACCUAAAAUGAGGCACCUGAAGUCAAGAAUUACUAUUACAUUAAUUUCCAGAAGGCAGCAAUGAAAAUAGAGGAAAAGAAAAGCAAAAAAAGGGUUCAGAAGCAGCGAAAAAGAUAUAUAGUUGGUACGACUUAUGUAUAUAUGUCUCUAUCUCUCCAGUCUUAUAAGAAUUUAGACUUCUUUUCUUCUCUGAAUCUCUGUAAAUGUUCUGAUGUAAGGAAUUCUAUUAUUAAAUAUUCAAAUAUGUUAUA